AUGGCUGACAACAAGAUCUCUUCCGUCAACGAGGAGCAUGCAGAAUCAAUUGGUGAGGUGAAGAAGGGCGUGAUUGAUUCCAUGUUGAUCGACACCGAGCGCUCUCCGGAAGCUCGUGGUCGGUUGGUCGACGACGUGCCCCGAAGUUACUGGGUCAGUGGGCGAUUCUUGGGUAGUUACGUCGCCGUGAUCCUGGCCAGCAAUGCUGGCAUUGGCGGCUUCAGCCUUGCAGCACCGGUCCUUAGUGCAGUUAACAACGAGCUGGGCCCUAGCCCAAAUAUCAGCUGGAUCGGAUUGAGCUGGUUGUUGUGUCAGGGCAUCGGCGCCCUCAUCGUCGGCCGGCUCUCUGACAUCUUCGGUCGCCGCUGGAUGUUCAUCACGGGCUCCAUCAUCGGUCUCAUCGGUAGCAUCUUUGCGAGUCAGUGCCAGACCGUCGAACAGCUCAUCGGGGCCACAACUAUCUUGGGCAUCGGUGGCGGUAUCCAAGUCAAUUUCUGGUGGGUGACUAGCGAGAUCGUACCCAUGAAGUACAGAUACGUCGCAGUGGCAGGUUGUUUCGCGCUGGCACCGUACAGCCACUUGGGAUCGAAGAUCGCAUACUCCCUUCUCACUCAAACCAGCCCCGGCUGGAGGUCGAUCUAUUACCUGCUCAUCGCCACGAAUGCUGCGUCGGUCGCGGCCUGGUAUUCAUUCUAUCAUCCACCUACCUUCAAAAUGCUUCAUCGUCACAGGGCCGCUAAAGACUUGCUCACCACCUUCGACUGGCUUGGUCUCGUUCUCUACAUCGGAUCCACCAUUACCUUCCUCAUGGGACUUCAAUGGGGAGGCGCUUUGCAUCCCUGGAAGAGUGCCCAUGUGAUUGGAGCCAUGCUGGCUGGGGCAGCGGGACUCGCAAUCUUCAUCGGCUGGGAGAUCUACCUGCCCAGGAAGUCUCAGAACAUCAUCCCGUUCGUGACGCUGUACUACCUCCGGAACUUCAAUUGGCUGUGUAGCACGAUUUUGUCCGGCGUUGGCGGUUCCGCGUACUACGGCUUUAGCACCAUCUGGCCCUCUGCCGUAAGUACCAUCUACUCAGUCCCCAGCCAUUCCCAAUACAGCACUCUCCUCUGCCUGGUCACUAUGUCCUACACUUACGGACAGGCCACCGCCACGCUUGCCACCCACUGGACCGGACCAAAACCCCUGCUCAUCACUUGCAUGGUGAUCUCCGGGCCCAUCCUGGCAGCGGUUGCUUACAAUCCUCUCAACAUGAGCCUCACUAUGGGCUUGAUCACCGUAGGGUGCAUCUUCAUCGGGGGAAUGGAAGGCAUCGCCCUGGUCACCACCACGUUCCCCCUCCGGACCCAGGAAGAGAUCGGCUCCGCCGGUGGUCUCAGCGGCACCAUCCGCCUGUUCUUCUCCUGCGUCUCCCUGGCCAUCUACGGCACCACUUUGACCAACCGCCUGGCCACGACAAUCCCCGCGAACAUCCUCCCGGCCAUGGCAGACGCCGGGCUCCCGUCGUCCUCUAUCCCCGCUCUGCUUUCAGGCCUGUCGGGCGCGACCGCUCUUAACGAAACUACGGUGGCGGGAUUGAAUCCGCAUAUCCUAUCCAUCGCGCAGACCGCCUACAGGGUCGCCAAUGCUCAGGCCUACCGGACCGUCUUCCUCGUCUCACUCGCGUUCACGGGGCCCGGCAUGAUCCUCGUCUGGUUCACGUCGCAGAACGACCGGGCCAAGGAGGACUUGAUCGCCGGCCAUUUACACAAGCGUGGGGAAGAGAGGACCUUGGAGACUCAGGCGGACUGA